AUGGUAAAUGAAGAUCCAGAAAAUGUAGAAGAGGAAGGCGGGAAAGAAGAAGAAAUUAUUCAACAUGUUGAAGAAGUUGAAGAAGAGCAUGCUGAAGAAGAAUCCAUUUUAACCGAAUAUGACCCUGACGAUUUUCUGUCCGGUGCUGUCAACAGCUUAGAUUCAACAUCUUACAGAGAAGACCCUAACUACCGCAUUGCAAUAGCAGAGGGCAGAGAAGGAGAUAGAGAUCCUGUGAUCAUCCUCUAUACGUGGCCACAGAUGGAAAUUGACGCUGUAUUACGUGAUGGAACAACAAACGCAUAUUCUAUACUUGACUUCAGG